AACCGUGAUCGAACACUUGAAUAACUGUUACCGUUAUUUGUUACAAGUAUUAUUCCAAAUUUCCUGUGUGUGUUACGAAGAGCCGUUUGUUGAAAAGGGUCGGUUCCGUAACAUCGGAAGAUUAAGAGGGUGCCUUAGUGAGUCUUCCUCUCUUGCCUCAAGCGCACGAAGUAGGGACUGAGUCCCACAGACAGAAGCUUGAGGUGAGGUGAGCAAGAAGAGGAGAAGGAAAAUGUCUAUGAAAAUCAAGGGAGGAGCUUUAGAACUGAGUGCGAGGAGCUUCCUUCAUAGGAAAUGGGCUCUUUUGCUUUGUGUGGCCAGCUUCUGUGCCGGAAUGUUCUUCACCAAUAGGAUGUGGUCAAUGCCUGAAUAUAAAGAAAUUUCAAGGACUUCUAGUGAGAUUGAACGAAUAAAAUUAAACUCUGAUGGUUGUAGUCUUAAUCUUGUUGUGAAGCCUAAUUCCAAUUACAGUCAAGUGGAAGUUUCAAAUACACAGAAUGUUAUCAAGAAACCAAGAAAGACUAUCCACUUUGGAGCUGAAGGAAACUCAGAGACAGUUGAUUCAACUCCAAGGAAAAAAUAUUUCAUGGUUAUAGGAAUCAAUACAGCUUUUAGUAGCAGGAAGCGAAGAGACUCUGUUCGUGCAACUUGGAUGCCACGAGCUGAGGAAAGAAAGAAGUUGGAGGAAGAAAAGGGCAUAAUCAUUCGUUUUGUUAUAGGUCACAGUUCUACAUCUGGUGGCAUUCUUGACAAAGCUAUCGAAGCAGAGGAGAAGCUUCAUUCGGACUUUUUGAGGCUGAACCACGUUGAGGGCUACUUGGAACUAUCGGCUAAGACAAAGACCUACUUUUCAACUGCUGUUGCCUUGUGGGAUGCAGAAUUUUAUGUCAAAGUUGAUGAUGAUGUUCAUGUAAAUUUAGCAACACUUGGACUGACUCUGUCUAUGCACCGUUCGAAACCUCGGGUUUAUAUUGGGUGCAUGAAAUCUGGUCCUGUCCUUGCUCAGAAGGGAGUGAAAUACCAUGAACCAGAAUACUGGAAAUUUGGCGAGGUGGGAAACAAGUACUUUCGUCAUGCUACAGGACAAUUAUAUGCCAUUUCACAAGAUUUGGCUACUUAUAUAUCAAAUAAUCAGGAUUUGCUGCAUAAAUAUGCUAAUGAAGAUGUAUCGUUGGGAUCUUGGUUUAUUGGUUUAGAUGUGGAUCAUGUUGAUGAUAGGAGAAUGUGUUGUGGUACACCCCCUGAUUGCGAGUGGAAGGCUCAGGCAGGCAAUAUCUGUGUUGCUUCGUUCGAUUGGAAAUGCAGUGGGAUUUGCAGGUCUGUUGAGAGGAUAAAAGAAGUUCAUCAGCGUUGUGGGGAGGAUGAAAAUGCAUUGUGGAGUGCAACCUUUUGAUAGAGUCUACUACUCAUCUUCUAAAGUGAACAAGUACAAUAUUCAGAAACCUGAAAGGUGCAUGCUAUAUACGUAGUAUGAGACUAGAAGAUGGUUCAAAAUGAGAUAGGCCUUGCUGCUUAGGAGCCAUUCGUUAUCUCAACUGAGGAGAUAAACCCUCUGCAGCCUAAGACUCUAAGAGAAUGAAGAAGAUUGUAGCAACCAAACCAACCCAUUCUUUUGUUAAGUGGGUGGAGGGCUUUAUAUUCUAGUUCUCUACCAUGUCUAGCGCUUCAUAAUAAUCAGU